UACGGGGAGGGGUGGUGAGCUUGCUCACGAGGAGGUCCUAAAGCCCAGCGGCUGGUUUCUGCAACUCAGCAAAGUAAUGAUGAACAUGGUUUUGAGCACGUGCAGAGAGCCGUUUCCUCAGCUGCAAACCUACUUCUGCCGGUUUUGGAAUUAGAGCAUUUAAAAAGAAAUGCCUGUCGAAAGGUUUUGAGGACGCUGGAUACUCUGUCAAGAAAGGAAGGGGGCAUCCCCCCUCACCCGACCCCAUGAGCGUAGGGAGGGUAGUGUAUUUGGAAAAGGCAUAUUAGAUUUCCGUGUGUAUCCCACACCCUUCCUCCACGGAGACUAGUACUGGUCCUUUCUUCCUGCCGCUCCCUUCAUUUCAUCCUCUUAACAUCCCUGUGAGAUGACUGGAGGAAGGUCAUCCAGAGAGAAGGAGCAGUUUUCUUAAAGAGGAUACUGGCUUUUGAAAGAACCUUGAAGAUUAUUUUUAUUUCCACCCCACACCCUUCCUCUGUGGGCUGAGGGUUGGUUACAUGGGUCUUUCUAUCUCUGUUCUUCCUGCUCCGGUUUUGGUUGAUAUGCCUUUUCUGGAUUUUUGUUGCUGUCUGUUAAUAGGGGAUUGCUUGGUAAUUCUUUGUUAAUGUCUUUUCAAAUAAGAAUAUUUAUCUCUGUGAAGUGCUUUGGGAGUCUUUCGCCCUGACAGAUGAGUUCAACAUCCUUAUAAUAAUAAGUGAAUGGAGACAUGGCCGAGGGUCUCCCCACUCCUAGCCCAAUAGUCUAACCACUGCACAUCCACUCUGGCUUUGGGACACACCAUGGAAUGCUAACAGAGUCCUGGAAAAUUGCAGUAAGUCCCAGAACCUUUCCGCAGGGCUGGAUUUAGGGACCCGCGACCUUAGAAGCUGUCUGGCACGCUGGGCUUGGGAGAGGCUGCUUUUCAUGCACUAUCAACUCAAACAUAUGAACUCAGCCUCUGGAAAAAAUACCAGUGGCUGAUAUAAAUAAAUACAGAACUACAACUUGCAACAUGCAAAUUUAUUGCAGUACAUGGCAGAGAUCAGUCAUGGCUACACUUAUGAAGGAGGGCUAUUGAUACAAUAAAAAAGCAGAUGGAAGGGGUACUGAAGAUACUUCUCAUCUGGGAUGCCUUUUGGCCCAGGACUGACCUCGACUUUCAAGCUUGGUAAACUAAGAUCAAUCAUGAGUUCAUUAGAUGCGUGUCAGGUCUGUUUUGGGAUGCUAAGAAGAGUAUUCCAGAAAUACCCCUUUUCAAAGGCAUCCCCAUCCUGGCAAGUUGGCUGAAACUGGGGUAAACAGAAAAUAUAUCUUCAGUUAUUUUGAACUUCAAUCCCAGCUUUUCUGACCACUGGCCAUGCAGGCAGGGCACCUGGGAGCUGCAGUCCAAAGCAUCUUGCAAUCUACUUUCCGCCUUUCAGAAAAGGGCAUGUUAAUUUCAGUGGCUCUUAUUCUGGUGGGGAUGGUAUUCCCCCCCCCUUUUUAUUUUCAUCCCUUUUAAGCACAGAUAUUUUUCUGAAUAUUUAGAUUUGAAAGGUGAGAUAAUUCCUGUAUUGAGGAGUGAUUACAAACAUCUGAGUUUGUGAGUGCCCCCUCCCAUGUGCUGCUAGAACAAAACAGGGUGAGGCGUCACGAAGAAGAGAGCGUCUGACUGUAUACAGAGUGUUCUUUCCUUAGCUAGCGCAGAUGCACUGCCUAAUGGGGGUAAGGUUGAACCCCAAUUCCCCUCUCCUUGCUACACAAUCUCCUUCCGAAAACAAGCGCCUGGCUGGGAUAAGGUGCAGUGCUGGUGGUGGCGGGAACAUUCUCAUGAAAGAGCUGAGGAUUCCAUUCAGUUCCCUAAGUAUAAUCUUGAUGUGACAGGAACUAGCCCCUUAUUCCACUGUUCUUCAAAGAGCCCAAGUACAUCCUGCAAAGGGAAGAGAAAAAAGCCUGAGCUAUUUGUCAAAGGCAGUUGGCUAGACCUGCGGGCCAAAGUCUACAGGGCCCAGCCCCCUGAUGACCACCCAAGGAGCAGCAGGCAAGGAAGGCAGUAGAAGCCAACUCUUAUUCCCCAAGGUGUGAUUCAAAUGAGGUUAAAAUGCAAACCUAUUCUAAGAUAAACAUUUAAAAGUGGUUCUAAAGCAUUGGGUGAGGAAGAGAAAUGUUGGUUGUGCCAACACAUGGCCAUCUAAAGUGUUCAGCCGUUAAGUCUGGAAUCCAAAAUUAGCUGUGUACUUACCUGUGCACCACAGAGCAAUAGUUUUGAACAGAGCCACUGUUUGUACAUUGGCAUCUUGCAUCAUUAACCCCUUUCCCACAUCGUUGUUUCCAUGCGCUUUCCAAACACGAUUACCCUAAGACAUGUGAUGCAGCAAGCUCUUAGUCAUCUAAUGCAUAAAUUAAAAGGGUGCUGAGUGUACAAAAUGCUCACUGCUAGGUCUCUGCUGCCUCUGCAUUCCCAGGGUGUCUGUUGUGCCCAGAUGAAGCUUUGUACCGUACCAGGUUUCUUGUUGUAACUCUUUUGAAUCAAGUGCUUGUUAAAGUCUGCAGUGAGCUUCAGGUCACUCAUUCGCUGGAUUUCUCUGCAUGCUCUUGUCUGCUAUUUUAGUGAUGGGACAAGUUCAUGAACACCGAGAGCACCACGGUAAAUGAAGCCAGUGCAAUAUGUUCAGUGUAGAGGACCUCCUAAUUUCUCAUGGAUACAAAUUAUCUAAAAAUCCCAGCAACCUGUAUGAGAACAGAAAUGAUGGAUUCCAGCCUGAGGUUGUGGAUAGUUCUAGUCAUGGAACUUUGAAUGGGUCCUCAGCCAACUCUGGAGCCUAUGUCAGGAGCAGGAAGGGAGAAAUGAAAAGCUACCCGAAUGACAAUGAAAGCUGUCAUGUCCUCCAAGGGAGGCGGCUGGGCCCCAGUUUCCACAGAGACUGUGCCGGUUCAGCCAGUACUCAUGCUUCUGAGGCUGGGCUUCAUGACCAAACACACUUAGGCUGGUCUUCACGCCCCAAGACAGAUAAAGAUCUUGCCUACUGGCGAAGAAGAGGGCAGGAUUUUACUGUAUUGUUGGGCUAUACGGACAAAGGCAACUCUGAAAUGAAAGGAAUGGCAGCACCCUGUUCCUUGUACGGGCGUGAUAGAGAAAGUAAGUGGGAGAUGGGUGGAGGGGCAGAGAACAUGAGGAGAACUGGCAUGCCAGAGAAGCAGAACCUCUCCGCUGACUACAAGUGGCAACGUUUAAGGACAGAAAGUUGGAACCAGCCAACCAAGCUUGGAGGACUUGUGCCUGAUGGUGAUAGAGAGCGGCUGCUUCAGGAUACAUAUUUAGCGAGACAAGGUGAUGUUGCUGGUGCCUCCUGUGCUAAGGGAAAAUCCCAAUCCUUGCCAAGAGUUCUCUCACCAGAGGGCCCGAGAUGCUUUGAAAUGCCUUCCCUGGUCAACCAUAAGCACUCACUCGGGAGAACAAAAACAGCUCCUUGUCCCCCAGUGAGUUUGGAGGUCUCCAAGCACCCGGAUCCAGUGGCCCACUUCCUUCCUUUACCCAAGCCCAAGUACGGCAGACCGCUGAAACCUCCCUCGUAUGAACUUCAUCAGCAAACCAGGGGGAGCCUGGAAGCCAACUCCCUCCAGGACGACCCACGGAAAGAUGAAGCCAUCUCUUAUUUGACCAAACUUAAUGAGCAGAUUCAGGACUCUUGUGCUCAAGAGUCAGGCCUGGAGCCCCCUCUGUACAUACCCCCUCCAGGUUAUAAAUCCCCUUCUCAGCAAAGUAUGAAUCGGCAUUUGCCUGGUGAAGUGCCUGACUAUGGUAUGUGCUUUAAUAAUGGUAUGCAGAGUCCGGUGGAAAGAGCCAUCCCUGGCUACCCACCGACUGCCAGAACUGCGGGUGAGCACUGGAAGGACGAACAGAUUCCUCAUGACAAGAAAAGCCAUCCUAGGCGCAUGGAGGGCUACCUGUCUUCUGUCCAGUACAUUCCUUUUGAUGACCCUCGGAUACGUCAUAUUAAAAUAGCACACCCAGAUCGUCUUCAAGAGAAUGACAGAGUUGCUGAGGCUGCCAAUCAGAUACAUUCCUAUGCCUUCCAGGAGAAUUCUCUGGAACUAGACUACAACAGUGCCUUUUCAGAUAUGCCGAGCUCUCUAAAUACCGCUGUGAAAAGUGACCAGGUCCCUGGCAGCUCUGCACAUAGCAGCAGAUGGUUGGUAGAGUCCAGCAUAGACCAGAACAAUUGUGCCUUGUCAAUCCAAAGAGACACAGGUUGUGAUGCAGGUAAUGGCUUGAAUUGCAAAUUCCCCCAAAGCCAGCUGUCUGCACAAAGCCCACAUACAGAAUCCCACUGUGAGUCGGUGACUAAAGUGAAAACUUUUGAACCUGGAACAGAAAUCUUGAACAAGAAAAGUUCAAAGAAAAAAAUGAAUGAAAUGAUAUUUUGCUUGGUCUCUGUCCCAGUGAAAUCUGAAGUGAACCUGCCAGAUAUUGAUAGGAACAACAACUUAAUGCAAGGAGCCAAUGGGCUUGAUAACAGUGGGGCCCUGCAGGAACAAAGUCUCCUAAGUACCUCUUCCACAGAUUUGGAACUCCAAGCACUCACAGGAAGCAUGACAAAUAAGAAUGAGUUACAAAAACAAGAAUGGUGGAGACCAGAGUUCAAACAAUUGAAUGAUCUCAGAUUCCCACAGCCUGCAAAGCACAAGGAGCUCCAGUACUCUGGCUCGUGGCCAGGUGAUCAGUACAAGGACCAGCAAACACAAACCAGUUUCAUAGAAGAACCCAAAGCCCCACGAUAUCAUCAUGAGAUAGAACCUAGGGGGUCAAGUUCAGGGGCGACUUCCCGGUUGUUAAGAUAUGGAAUGCCGGCUGCAGAGCCAGCAGUGACUGCUGAUGAGAGAAGGGGUAGGCCAGUUCCAUCCAGUGCAAAAGUUCAGGGGUGUCUUGAGAAACCCAGCAACGGUGUGUGUUCCAAGGCUGUAGUAUCUAGCCCAAAGGCAUGCCCAAGCCUUCCACUUGCUUCAGGUACAGAUCUUCCUGGGCAGGGCAAAGAAAUGAGUACUAUUCUCAGGAAGGAAGAGAGUUCUUGUAGCAGUAAGGAGCUGUUUGGGCAGUUCCUCCUGAAACCUGUGAGCCGUCGUCCUUGGGAUAUAAUAAGUGAACUAGAAAGUUUUAACAAGGAGCUUCAAGAGCAGGAGGAGAGUAGUGAAGAUGGUGUGGACAAUGAGACCAAGAAGGAGGAAGAGGAGGGAGGGAGGGAAGAGAGGGAAACUUGUAGGACUGAUGGACCAAAUCAGGUCCGUAGACCUGAUGUGCAAUCGGAAACUGUUAUACAGGUUGGUCCUAUAUUUAAACAGGGAAGGAAUAAAAGCAAGUCUGAAAGUUGUGCGUUUGAAAGUUCAAGUAGAAGGGCUGUACCGAGUGACCUUCAUGUAUGUGCUGCACUGCAAAGUGGCUCGCAAGCCAAAGAAAGCAGCAAAUCAGUUAGGGUCACAAAUGGAUAUCUCGAUGAAGAACCAAGAAAGGAGGAAGCUGGGAAAAGGAUGAUGAAGAAGGCUGCUAGCCUGCAGCCAACCAAAAAAGUUCUGUCAGGCAGCUCCAGUGAUGAAAAUCACUACAACCCCUUCAACAGCAUCAACUUCAGGGAAGAAUGCCAGGUUAAAAAAGUCAGCUCUAAUAUGCUGAAGAAGAAUACAGCAGUCAGGAAUAACCUGCCUUUGGAAAGAGGGUCUUCAGUGUGCUUAUCUUUAACAAACAGAAACCAAGGUCUUUCUGAGCCAGAUUUGAGAUCUGUGGGACUGAAUGCUGGUCAGGGGCCUGACACACUUGAUUGCUAUGGGGAGCCUGCUGCCUCUGAGAUUCCUCCAAAUGAAUCACUUCAAGCAAGAGCAGCCAGGAUCCUGGGCAUAGAUGUAGCUGUGGAGUCCCUCUUACCUGGCGACAGAACACUUCCAGACAAACAUGCUCAUUCAGAUAAUGAGUCACAGAGCCAUGAAUUACCAGCUGAAAAGGUACCAGGGAGCAUGAAGAAAACAGAAGCAGCUUCUUAUGAAGAAAGAAGAAAGUGCGGCUGGACCGAAAGCUCCUUCUUUGUUGGAGAUAGAAACAUCUCACUUGGGUCCUUUGAAGACCAGAACUCUGGUUUAGAAACUUUGAUAGCUGAGCACCAGUUUGAACAUCAUAAAGGUCUUGGCAGACAUGAAGAAGACCAACCUCCUGUUCUUGAGUCUAUUGUGCUUCCAUUUGCAGAAAGAAAUUUGAUAGCACCCAACCUAGAAAAAAGAGCUAGAAGCACUUCUAAGGUGAUUGAGACCUUGCAAGGCAAACUUGCAACUCCCCCAAAUCGAGCUGCUGUGGAUCGUCUGGUUAGGAUGAAAGAAAUUGACUCAGUUUCUCGUAUGAGGCGUCUCAGCAUAAAAAAUGUAGAUUCUGGUGAAGAUGGAGAUGAGGACAAGCAGCCCAAGGGGCCAGAGGAACGAGCAAGUGAAGCCUCCUUAAGCCGUAAUGAGCUGCCCCGCAAACUAUCCCAUGGGAGUUCUGUUUGCAAGCGCAUUAUCUCGCUGGCUGAAAAUGGACUCUCAGACAACAGGAAUGAGAAGAAAACUGGAAGAGAUUUGUUUUGUUUCGGUAAGCCAUACAUUUUAUCAUCAGCACUUUGGUGGGAGAGAAGUCCCCAAGUUACAAACAUCCGAGUUGCAAACAACCCACGCAACGAACAAACUGUCAAAAAGCGUAUUAACUUAAAAAUGCUGUGGAAAAUCACCACCACUAUAUUUAUUUAUUAUUUUAUUUAUUUUAUUUAAAAUUUUUCUAUGCCACCCCCAUCGCAACAAAGCCUUGGGGCGGCUCACAACACUAUAGAGAGAGAGGAAGUGAAAGAGGAGGGAGGGAAGGCCUCCAGAGCAUCACCAUAGAGAGAGGCCUCCAGAGCAUGCCUUCCUUCCCCUCCCAUCCAGAGAGGGAACUCCCUCAGUAGGAUUUCCUUGCUGCCAAGAGCAGGAACUGAAGAGGUUGGGCAAGAGGGGAGGCUAGAGGUACUUGCGGUUUCUUCACUUUCGUGGAGGUCCUGCAUCCCUGUCCCCCACAAAUGUGAAGGGCCAACAACACUUGAUCUGACUUACAUACAAAUUCAACUUAAAGACGAACUUUCAUUUUCUCAGGAAUGAAACUCGUCCAUAACCCAGGGACUGCCUGUAUACAAACCCUGUAACUACCAUUUAAUUUCAAACAAAGAAACAAAACAGUAGUCAGCCAGUGGUUAAGAUAUAUUCUUCACUAAAAUCAGUGGCUCAGUUUGCUCAGCAUAGCAAUUCAUUGUGGAUUGUUACCCUGUCAUGUGAAAGCUGGACCAGUUUCCCCAGGGUGGGUUGUUUGAGGGCAACAAGUCACCCUGACACUCCCAUGACUUGUAGUUGGGGUUGUUGCGCCAGUGAUGGUUGUUGCGUUGUCCAGACCAGGCGGGUACUAGGGAUCAGCCAGCUACGGGCUUGGGAAUAGCAGCAAAACCUUCUUGCCUCUCUUGCCAAGUUUGCCUGGGCACCUACCCACUUGGGGAUGACCAGCACUUACUGGAUGUCUCCUGCCAUGAUCACAAGCAAUUUUGGCUUGCUGCAGCAUUUUUGUCACUUUAAUUCUUUUUUUAGAGAUGAUAAAAGCUGGCUUCACUCCCAACUUUUGCAGUCCAUGAUUUGGCAGCCACUGACAGUUCCUUACUAAUAUCUAAGCAACACACUGGUGGGGGGGUGCUGUAACUGGUUGGGAAAGAAUUCUGGAAAAAUGCAAGCCACCCCCUUUUAAAAGAAGCUGUCAGUUUUGCUAGCUGUCAGCUAGCUGUCAAAACGUUGGCUACAUUUAAAUGAGGGCUUUGGCAGGGUUCUCCUUGGCAUCAUUAUAGGGACAUAUGCAGGCAUGAGUACAUAUGUCCCUGUCAAGAAAGCAUGGAGAAACCCCUUUUAAAAUAUGCAAAUCCAAACAGAUGGGUUGUUUAGAGGCUAGACAAUUAUAGCCGUUUACCUCUGCUCAACACUCUUCCACCCUUUACUCUCAGGCUACGUGUCCCUGACAACCCACCAGUUUUUAAACUGAUUGGGUGGGGGUCAUUAUGUGCAAGCAACCAACCCCUGAGAGAGUUGGUUCGGUUCCGAUCAAGCCAUCUUGAAGUAUCAGUUGUUGUCUCAUCAAUGAAUGGAUCACUAUAACACUGUCUUCUCCCACAGCAACAGUUCUGUAGAUGAAUCCAUGGUGAUUCAGAGAAGACGUACUCAAUCAGUAUGGAAUUGUUUUCUUAGCUUCUUAGCUUUGAGGUUCCACCAGUUGCAGAAAAGUAAUGGGUGUGUUAACCUUUUAGUGUCUGCCUAAAACCCUCCUCCCCUGUCUGGAGGCCUUUCCAUCACAGGAAACACAUCACACAUCAAGUAUCCUUUAGUGGAGUAGGAUGGAACCUGUGCAGCUGAAGAGCAGCCAUUCCCAACCUGGCAUGCCUCAGAUGUAUUGGACUACAAUUCCUAUCAUCCCGAGCCAGCAUGGUCCAUGAUGAUAUGUUCUAACACCUCUGGAAGGUCACAUAGAGUAUUCUUGAACAGUGGUUUUCAACCGCCAGUCCAUGGACCAGCGCCAGUCUGCAGGACUGCAGCCCGCUUUCUGUGGACUGGCACAGGGGCAUCUAGACACAGCCUCUUUCUCGGUUGGCAUCAUGUUUGCAGGGGUGAGCUGGUGCUGCCUGGGAGGCUAGAGAGGGGAGAGAUGGAAGCCAUGCUGCACUGAUUUCACUUUGUUCUUUUGCUGGCAUUUUUGUUGUUCCGUUUCUGGUUGUUUUGGAGAAUGUUCUUUUUCUUUUUUUUUUUUUUGGUAUUGUGUUUGGAAACUAACACAGAUAAUACUGUGUUAUGUGUUCGGUGCUUUUUGAUUCUGCCUCAGUAGUCCCUGAGGUGGUUUUCCUGUUUUUGCUGGUCCUAACUGUGAGAAGGUGGAAAACCACUGUUCUAGAAGAUCCUCCUGUACUUCAAUCAGGACUGUGAUUUUAGCUGUGAACAGAGAUAAGAGUUUUAAGACAAGUGGAAAAUUCAAUUCAUGUCAAGCUUCAAAAUCCUGCCAAAACAUUGAGAAUUUUAAUUGUACAUAUUGUGGUGCUUUUCAAACAAACAUACUAGUCAAUUAUAUAAGUACUCCCCGAGAAUCAUCAUCUGUAACCUGCAAUAUGGGGUGGGUCUCUUUCCCCUUGCCUCAAUAAUGUCCCUGCUUCAAAGGCAUUUACCACUUUUCAGAUUAACUUCUAAGGUAACUAUAAAAAGUAGCUAUAAUUUUAAAAUGAGAGAGUUGGCCUUACACAAAAGCCGCAUCGAGGAGGCCAUGCUUAUCGACAAACCUGUGGUCGGAGCUGCUCUGCUCUGCUGCCCUUACCAGCUGGGAAGUUGCAAAGCUGCAAGCCAGUGGUUUUCGCAAGUCUCCUUUACCAGUUGGAAUGAAGCACGUAGCAUGAUUGAUUUUGAUUCAGAGAAAAAUGCUUUCAUAUUUGCUCCUCUACUUUUAAACUGGCUAGUCAGCAGUCUCACAAAUCCUCUACUGUGAUGUCGCAAAAGAGUUUUAAUAGAUUCUGAACUCAGAAGAAAGAAGUGCAUUCUAAAUGCUCCUUCAGAUGUUUUGGACCAGCAUACUAGCUGGCUUCCCUGCUGUCUGGACCACAGAGAUUGGAGUCAAAUAACGUCUCCAGACACAGUCUAAAUUCAGUGUUCUAGAAUUGUCCAUAAAUAUCCCAAGCCCACCAGAUCUAUCCAGGAGAGCUUUAGUAUGGGUACAUAGCUGGUUGUCAUAAAAUGGUUCUCUAGUUGCUAUAAAAGCCCUCAACUUUUACACAGCCACUGCUUAAUGUAAGAGCCAUGCUAGACUGGACCUAAAGGCCAUCGAGAUUAGCAUUCUGUUUACAGUGGCCGACCAACAGCCCCACCACCCUCCUGUCCGUAUCCUCCAGUGCGAGUGUACAUAGGCAUCGGGCCUCUAUUCCUGGAGGCGAUACAGAGCCACGAGGACUAGUAACUAUUGAUACUGCUCUUGCCCAUUAAUUCAUCCAGUCCCCUUUUUAAGCAACCCAGAUCAGUUGCCCUCUCUGCAUCUUGUGAAAGUGAAUUCCAUACUUUCACUGAAAUUCAGUGAUGCAGCCAUAGUUUGCCACCAAAAUUUGAUGAUGUGGCAGCACUUUAAAAAAGCGGUGAGUGGGGGAGAAUUCUGUUUAUAUUUAAGCAAAAUCCUGGAAACCUCAUGAGAGUGCAAUUUUGCUUUAAAACAAGUCACACACUCUUUCCAAGUGCAUGUCCUAUAGUCAGACACCAAGCACCUUAGAGGAAGGCACAUCCCAUGUCAGUGCAAUUCUCCCCCGACACAGAAGCUCCUCCCUGCCUCUGCUACUCACAAGUAUUUAGGAAUGUAGAAAAUGUCCUUACACCAAGUUAGGCCAUAGGUCCACCUAGCCUAGUAUUGUUGGCAGUGGCUGGGAGCAACUCCCAGGCAUUGAGGCAGGAUGCCUUCCUAACCUGAACUGGAGAUGCUGGUGGGACUGAACUUGUGACCGUCCGCGUGUAUGUGGAGUGUGGUGCACCACUGAGCCGUGGCUCCUCUGCUCUGAGCUAUAGCAUUCUUCUCUCCGUUUCAGACUGAGAUGAGGUCUUGCCUGGCAGGACUUGAAAAGAAUUUCUUUCCAGUUCCAAAUAUAUGCAAAUCUAUAUGUAUCAGGAGAAACACGGGGGGAAAAGAUGUUCAUUUAAAGUUUUUAAAAAAUCGGAAGCAUAGAUGGAACAAACCAUGUUUAAGACUGGGAAAACAAGAAACUCAAACAAAACUUGGCAGGCCUUUCCUUCCCUGUUGCUGCUUCUAAAGGACCCAGCUCACCAAGAUUGUCUUGGCUGAAAUCCUUCCUUCCACUCUAGCAGAUUGUUUUUCUCUAUGUGUCAGAACGGCUGUCUAUAUUUUGGCAGUUUGUUGCAAGUUCAUGAUUCUCCUGUGAUAAGCACAGCUAUUGUGUGUUAGCCCAUCUUGGCAUUCCCCAGACAUGUUGGGUUACAAUCCUUAGCGUGGCUGGUUGGGGAUUCAGGGAGUUAUAAUCCAACACUCUUGGAGGGCACCAGGUCGGGAAGGCUGUAUCAGGCUGAUUUAUGUAAAAUGGUUCACAUAGAUAAGCUAUCUCAGAGCUUUCCUAGAUGCAUAGCUGUGCUUUUCUCCUGCCAAAGAUAGCUCACCAUGCAGCAAAGGCUUCCUCUGCUGUGCUCUAGCUGGUUUGCCAGCUGCAGGGCGAUCCUGGCCGCUUUGCUCUCACUUGAGUGUUGUGGCUCUUGCUGUGUUUAUUUGACAACUGACUUGCUGCAUCAGUGUAGCAUCAUGGGAGGUAUAUUUCAGAAAUAUUAUGCAUUCAUCAAGUUCCUUUCUUUGUAGUGGUUGGCUCUGAGAACAAAAUUUUGUGGCAAGUGAGGAAGGGAAAGAAAAUGUAACCAAACUGCUUAUCAAAGCCGCAAAUAACAAACGGAAUCUGGAAAGACUCCCUUACCUGGCAGAGACAUGGAAGUCAUUAACCUCAGAAAAUGUGCAUUGUAGCUUGAUUUAUCUGUUCACAUGUCAUUAUGUUUUGAUGGCAACUCUGAGGAUGGGAAGUUGUGAUUUCUGAUCUGGAGGAAGCACCCUAGUAUUAAAUUGGCAGAUACAUAGGUUAAAGAGUCCUACAUUGGAUUCUCCCUGAAGAAAAAUGCUGUGCAAAUCUAAAACUUGCUACAUUUGCCAAAUAACUGGAAAAGUUUCAGUCAAAGCUGAGCUACCUAACCUAUUUUGAAUCCUCAGAAACCAUAUGGAAAUCGCCAUCAGCAUUCAGUGCUAUCUCUGAUGUACCUGUAGCACUGCCACGUCUAAAUAUACUGAAAGUUUCAUACACACAAGCAGAUGCUUGUAACAUAGAGGUAACAACGCUCUGGAAUUGCAUUCCGUGUCUUGCGACAAGGCCCAGUUCAUAUUUCAUGGUACCCAGAGUUUAAAGCAGCCCCGGCAGCUGUGAGCAAGUGAGCCUGCUGGCAUCCAGACAGCUGCCCGCUUCCACUGAGCUGGCCAACCCAAGCACAGUGCAUCCCUGUUUUCUGGUCUGGGAUAGCUAAACCCAGAAUUGUACUUUCUCAGAGGAGAAUCAACCCAGACUUGUAACCAAUGGUUACAAAUCUUGGGUUACAAGACUCAGUUGUUCCCCCUUCAAAAGUUCUGACAUCCCAAAAAAGAAUCCAAGGAUGGUGUGUCCCUGAUAGUUCAGUGGGAGCAGAGAGUAUCUGGGAGCCAGCAAAUUCGGUUGUUUCUACUUCAUUCUCAACAAUUCAUGGUUUAAGAUACCACAAGUGGUUGCAGCAUGCAAACCAGAUCUUCACUUUGCCUUUGCUUCACUUUAAGAAUCAACCUCUCUGUUGGAGGGGUGACUAAUAAGCUUUGAUUUGCCUUUCCAAGAUCCAACUAGUGAAGGAGUUUGUCCUGAGCAUUAGCACAUCAUGAAUAAUACCUAGAACUGAUGUGGUCCCUUUGGCCUGGGUUUGUUAUAUUGUAGUGCUUAACUUGCUGGGUAUCCUUGAAUGAGCUACUAGUAUCUGAUCUAUUUGUAAACUGUGAUUGCCAUACAAGACUGUUUUGAGAAUGAGCAGUUUAAAGACUGUCAAAUGCUGUGUUUAAUCACAUUACCAUUGGCCUGGCUUGCACAUAACUCUAGCCCAUGGUUUAUUUAAUCCUACCCAGGAGUUGUCAAGCAGAUGAUUGAACAACGAUUGAUUGAUUCUCUGAAUCCUUGGGUUUCUUUUUCCACCCUCCUACUGCCUUGCCCACUCCUACCCUUGAUUCAAGAGAUGCAGGUGGCUCAGUGGUUUAAACUGCUGUGCUGGUUGUUUGAAAGGUCACUGGUUCGAAGCUACACAACGGGGUGAGUUCCUGUUGCCCUGUCCAAGCUCCUGCCAACCA